CCUGCCCCGCUGCUCGGGCCCGCGGCCCCCGUCAGGCCCCGGGGCAGCAGCGGAGCGGGGCCUGAGGGAGGGCAGGGCCGGGGGCUGCGCUCCCCCGGGGCUGGGGGAAGGGACAGGAAAAUCGAGACGAAGCAACAGCCUCCAGCUUUUCCCUUCCUCUAAUCUUGCUUCACUCCCCUUGCUCCCUCUCCCUCCCUCUCCCCUUUCCCCUCCCUCCCUCUUUCUAAUUCCUGCCGCUAGCUCGGAGCCUCAUUCAGCAGCCGCUGCCGCUGGAGUGUAAUAGGCUGAAGAUGCUGCCGAGCCCGCUCCGCGGCCACUUGUGAAUGGGACUUGCCGAGUGUCCCCGCUCCGCAGGCGGCCGAGGGACGCGGCCAGCCCCGCAGCCAGAGCUGAAGUAGUGGCUGAGUGGCAGCAGAGCGCUGACAGGUGUCACAGCUCCUGAGGUGCCAUCUCAGAUGUGUGGAAUAUGCUACAUCAAGUGGCAGCAGGUUUCCAGUGGGUGAAGGAACUGAGCUGGGAAGCUGCAGAGCAUUAAGGUGAUGUGUUUAAUGCGUGGUGGCAUCCUAUGUGCACAAGGGUUGGUCUGAACCUCCCCGGCGGCCCCAGACUUGCUGACUGCCCAGGUGGAAGGGGCGGAAUCUCGGAUCCUCCUGUGCCUAGGCUCUAACCAGAAUGAAGGAGGAGCGCUGUGUGCGGGCGGCCCUGCUGUGCCUGGGGGUGCUGUGCUGCAGCCAGGGGCUGGCAGGGGAGCGCGCCCGGCCCUCGCUGCACGGGCACCGCGAGCGGGGCAAGGAGGGACAGGUGCUGCACCGCUCCAAGCGCGGCUGGGUGUGGAACCAGUUCUUCGUCAUCGAGGAGUACACGGGGCCAGAUCCUGUGCUCGUAGGAAGGCUUCAUUCAGAUAUUGAUUCUGGAGAUGGAAACAUUAAAUACAUUCUCUCAGGUGAAGGAGCAGGAAUCAUUUUUGUUAUUGAUGACAAAUCAGGGAACAUCCAUGCAACCAAGACACUGGAUCGGGAGGAGAGAGCUCAGUACACCCUGACAGCUCAGGCUGUGGACAGGAACACAAACAGACCUUUGGAACCCCCCUCUGAAUUCAUUGUCAAAGUUCAAGACAUAAAUGACAACCCGCCUGAGUUUCUCCAUGAAAACUACCAUGCCAAUGUGCCCGAGAGAUCAAAUGUAGGUACAUCAGUUAUUCAGGUAACAGCUUCAGAUGCUGAUGACCCUACCUAUGGGAACAGUGCCAAAUUGGUUUACAGUAUCCUUGAAGGUCAGCCCUACUUCUCAGUGGAGGCUCAAACAGGAAUCAUCCGAACUGCCCUUCCCAACAUGGACAGAGAGGCCAAGGAGGAGUACCACGUGGUGAUACAGGCCAAGGACAUGGGAGGACACAUGGGAGGCCUCUCAGGGACAACCAAAGUGACAAUUACGCUUACAGAUGUCAAUGACAACCCACCAAAGUUUCCACAGAGUGUGUACCAGAUGUCAGUGUCGGAAGCAGCUGUCCCAGGAGAGGAAGUGGGGAGAGUGAAGGCCAAAGAUCCUGACAUUGGGGAGAAUGGCUUGGUGGCUUACAGCAUCAUCGAUGGAGAUGGCAUGGACAUGUUUGAAAUCACCACAGAUUAUGAGACUCAGGAAGGGGUUGUGAAGCUUAAGAAGACCUUAGAUUAUGAAACCAAAAAGUCCUACAGCCUGAAGGUGGAGGCAGCCAAUGUCCACAUUGACCCCAAGUUCAUCAGCAACGGGCCCUUCAAGGACACCGUGACAGUGAAAAUAGCAGUGGAAGAUGCGGAUGAGCCACCAGUGUUUUUGAAGCCAAGUUACAUUUUCGAAGUACAGGAGAAUGCAGCAUCUGGUACUGUGGUUGGAAAAGUACAUGCCAAAGACCCGGAUGCUGCCAACAGUGCUAUAAGAUAUUCAAUUGAUCGACACACCGACCUUGAAAGAUAUUUUGUUAUUAAUGCAGAAGAUGGCAAUAUCAAGACAAUAAAGACUUUGGAUAGGGAAGAAAUGGCUUGGCAUAAUAUCUCUGUCUUUGCAGUUGAAGUCCACAAACAGCACCAGGAAACCAAAGUUCCCGUUGCAAUCAAGGUUGUUGAUGUCAAUGACAACGCUCCCAAGUUUGCGGCUGCCUACGAAGCCUUCGUGUGUGAGAAUGCCCGAAGCAACCAGCAAUUUAUUACAAUUAGUGCUGAUGACAAGGAUGACUCGGCCAAUGGACCAAGAUUUAUCUUCAGUUUACCACCUGAAAUUAUUCAUAAUCCAAAUUUUACACUCAGAGACAACAGAGAUAACACAGCGAGUGUGCUGGUCAGGCGGGAAGGGUUCAGCCGGCAGAAGCAGGAUUUGUACCUCCUCCCCAUCGUCAUCAGCGACGGCGGCGUGCCCCCGCUGAGCAGCACCAACACGCUGAGCAUCCGCGUGUGCGGCUGCGACGGCAGCGGCUCCCUGCUCUCCUGCAACGCUGAGGCCUACGUGCUCAACGCGGGGCUCAGCACCGGCGCCCUCAUCGCCAUCCUGGCCUGCAUCGUCAUUCUCCUAGUCAUCGUGGUGCUGUUCGUGACCCUGAAGAGGCAGAAGAAGGAGCCGCUGAUCGUGUUUGAGGAGGAAGAUGUGCGGGAGAACAUCAUCACGUAUGACGACGAGGGCGGCGGCGAGGAGGACACGGAGGCGUUCGACAUCGCCACGCUGCAGAACCCCGACGGCAUCAACGGCUUCAUCCCGCGCAAGGACAUCAAGCCCGAGUACCAGUACCUGCCCAGGCCGGGGCUGCGGCCCGCGCCCAACAGCGUGGACGUGGACGAUUUCAUCAACACCAGGAUACAGGAGGCCGACAACGACCCCACUGCCCCUCCCUAUGACUCCAUCCAGAUCUAUGGCUACGAGGGCAGGGGCUCCGUGGCUGGGUCCCUCAGCUCCUUGGAGUCAGCAACAACAGAUUCUGACUUGGACUACGACUAUCUACAAAACUGGGGACCUCGAUUUAAGAAACUUGCAGACUUGUAUGGCUCCAAAGACACUUUUGAUGACGAUUCUUAACAAUAAAGUUUAAGAUUUGGCCUUAAGAACUGUGUCCGAAGUUCUGAAGAAUCCAGAGGAAAUGUAAGCAGGUAUUUUUUUAAAAAUCAAGAAAAAUCUCAUUUAAACAUUUAAGUUUGACAGAGAGGAUUCCUUUGAUGAAAAAGGACAUGAAAGUGGUAAAUACUGUGAAGUACCUUUUCCUACAAAAGGCAAAUCUGGAAGCUGGCUGCCAGCUUCACUGAAGGAAAAAACCCACUUAAGAUAUGAGAAAUAUUUAAAUGAAGGAAAAUGCUAAAAGCAAACCUACAAAUAAGGGAAAUCUUUUACGUGUUAUGAACAUCUAAAUCUUUUAUUUCAAAGAAGCUUCCACAAAUUAGAAAAGAUAACAGUUCUGAGCUGUAAUUUCGCCUUAAACUAUGGACACUCUAUAUGGUAGUGCGUUUUUAAACUUGAAAUAUAUAAUAUUCAGCCAGCUUAAACCCAUAUGAUGUAUGUACAGUACAAUGUACAAUUAUUAUGUCUCUUGAGCAUCAAACUUGUUACUGCUGAUUCUUGUAAAUCUUUUUGCUUAUUCUUUCAUCUUAAACUAAUACGUGCCAGAUAUAAAAACUCUGUCUUGUUCGGUGGGAGGCACCCUAUUUCUAUGUCAUUUUUAAUGUAUCUAUUUGUACAAUUUUAAAAUUCUUAUUUUAGUAUACAUACAAAUAUCAGUAUUCUGACAUGUAAGAAAUGUUACAGCAUCACACUUAUAUUUUAUGAACAUUGUACUGUUGCUUUAAUAUGUGCUUCAAUAUAAGAAGCAGACUUUGAAAUAAACUGAUUCUUUUUUAAUUCUUGUUCUGGUUAUUAAGCAUAUAAGGAAAAACAUAGUGUUUCUAAUGUCCCAUUUAUAGUUCUGACUAAUUUACUACAAUUGUGACCUUUUAAUAGCCUUAUUUAUUAUGUGUUUGUAGUUGGUUUGUUGCCUUGUUAAGUGAUUAUUUAAAAAUCAAGUACAUUUUACAAAUGUUUUUUAGAUUAAAACAAAUGUAACGUCUGGUGAACAUUUUGUACCCUCUCUAUCUACAGCUUGUGGCUGCUCCCAGAACACAGUAAGAAUCAUCAUAUAGUCCUACUGUGUUUUCUGGAUUAAAUUAAGUGUAAUAUUUUUCAAUAUUUCCCAUGUAAUAGCAUUUAUCUUAUAUCUUAGAGAUUCCCAAGGCUUCAUCAGUUUUUGGGUGGACGGGAGUAUUCUGUGCUUACACUUUACUCCAGCCUUGUGAGUUUCCGUAUCUGUGCUGAGCUUCUGCAGGUUCUAGAGACUGAAAUCUGACCCAGUUUAGCUGUGACUUCCCUAAGGACUCUUCUACCUGAAUUACCUUACCUGAGUAGUAAUUAAUAUUCUGGUACUUAAUUCCUAUUUUUCCUUUGGCUUUUUUUUUUUUUUUUUUUUUGGGAGGGGUGGGGCAUGGUUUGUUUGGCUUUAUUUUUUUCUUCUAAUUUCCAGUAGAGUAGCAUCAUCUGCAGAUAGGGAGACAUUUUAAUUUGUGAUGACAGAAAUACAGAAAGCUUUCAGAAUUGUUCUUUGUAAUGCAUGUUUUUAAUCCAAAAAGGGAUUUAUAACUUUUUUUUUUUCUUUUAAGUAUUAGUUCAGAGGAAGCAAGGGAUUGGGGUAUGUUCUGCACAUCAACAUCUUCUGCAUCUGUGUACAGCUGUACCUCUGCUGAAUUUAAUAUAGUUGGCUGUUUAGGGUCAGAGAUCAGCAGCUGCAAUAUGGGAAGAGGCAAUAAGUAAAAAUUAUCUACAUUUUCCUACAUUUGUUUUACAGACCCUGUCCUUCAUUUGCAGUCAGGUACUAAACUGCUUGAUCUGAGAGGAAAUCUGACUUGUUGGUGUGUUGCUUUUCUGAAGACCCCCCAUAUAUGUAGUUAGAUUAAAAUUUAACUCCUAAAAAUGAUGACUGAUGUUUCAGCUCUACAUCCCUAACAUAUUCACUUGUCCCAUUAUAUCCCUAUGUUUUAUAAGGCAGAGUUUGCUAAAUUAGCAGAUUUGCUCUACAAUGUUUAUUGUAAUAUUUCACUUUAUUAUAGCUGUAUGCAUUCUAUAUAAUUCUAUAGCUUAUUAUUAACUUGGUUCAAAUUUCUUUGGUUGCUGAUUUUUCUCUGUUUAUAAUCCAAAGAAUAUUUUGCUAGAUUUGCACAUUUCUCCAUUAUAAAUUUAAAUAAACAUUAAAAAAAAAGAGAAAGCAAAUGAGUAUCACUUUGAAAAUUAACAAAUUGAAAUAAAGUAAAAAAAAAAGGUAAUUUGUAGGACUCCAUCUUCAUUGAUGCUAUCUGGAUUUAUUUCACUUUUGAGCAAGUUUUAGAAUUAAUAACUGCAUUUUCUACAUUUUUAUGUUUAAUUUUUAAGAAGGACAUUGUCAACUACAUUUUUUAAUAGUUUCAAAUGCUUUGAGUUUUAGUCUCUAUUGUUUGUAGCACUCUCGUAGAUGCUUGGAAAUAAAUUUUCUUUCCCUGCUG